AUGGAUGCCAAAACAAAUAGUGGAACUAAAUGUGUAAAUGAUGGCAAUAAUUAUACACUCGAAAAUAUCGUGGGAUAUGGCUCUUUUGGCGUUGUACACAUAGGGAAAACUAUCUCUGGAGAAAUAGUCGCCAUCAAAAAAGUGUUACAGGAUCCUAGGUACAAAAAUCGCGAAUUAUCUAUUAUGAAAGAUAUUAAACACCCAAACAUUGUGGAACUCAAAGAUUAUUUUUACACGGAAACCGUCGGUGAAGAUGGAAACAAGCAGAAAUAUUUAAAUGUUGUAAUGGAAUUUGUUCCAGAUACAGUAUAUAAGACCCUAAGAUAUUACAUUAAAAAUUUUAAACAAUUGCCCCUUUUUAUUAUUAAAAUGUAUGCAUUUCAACUCUGUCGUGCCCUAGGCUAUUUGCAUUUAAUGGGUAUUUGUCAUCGUGAUUUAAAACCUCACAAUCUCCUAGUGAAUCCUAAGACCCACAAAUUGAAACUCUGUGAUUUUGGUUCGGCAAAGAAACUCGUAAAAGGCGAAUGGAGUGUCGCAUAUAUUUGCUCCAGAUUCUACCGUGCCCCUGAACUUAUGUUAGGAACUAACGAAUAUACAACAGCCAUUGACACUUGGUCCAUAGGUUGUGUUAUAGGCGAAUUAUUUUUGGGUAAACCAUUAUUUGCAGGAGAUACUGGUAUUGACCAACUUGUUAAAAUAAUCCAAGUUCUUGGUACACCAAAUAAGGAGCAAAUGUAUGCCAUGAAUCCCAAUUAUUGUGAUGUAUCCUUUCCUGAUUUCCCACAAAUAGAUUUGGCAACUAUAUUCCCGAAAGAUACUCCCAGUUAUGCUAUUGACUUUAUAAACAAAUUUCUACAAUACGAUCCCACUAAUCGGAUUCAUCCACUUGAGGCCUUGUCACAUCCAUUCUUUGAACAACUUAAAAUGCCACCUGAUGAAUACAAAAACUGCAUCGAUGAAUCCUUCUUCCAAUUCACUAAAGAAGAACUUUGUUACAUGUCCCAACGAUGCAAAUCAAAUUUAUGGACAUCAUAA